ACGUGGCACCAUCUUCCGGCGGUGAUCAUCUUUUCAUCUUCUGGAUGCUUCUUGGUAUUGGUUGAGAAACAAAAUACAAGGUCCUUGAAUUUCUACGGUGGAAAUCUGCCGGUGAACGGAAUUCCGGAGAAUUAUAACGCCGGAUGUCGGCGAUGAAUACAAAUCAAUCAUCAUCAUCAUCAACGGUAUCUUCAUCUCAAUUCACCUACUCCAACCCUCCUUCUUACUUUCCCAUGCCCUUCCACCUUCAGCAACCAAUCCCCACGACAUUUCCGUCUGCUACACCAGCACGACCACCGACUGCGGAGGCGCCGGUUUCAUUCCCUGCUCCUCCUGUCAAUGUGCCAGUUGUUGUUCCUUCCGUUUAUCCUACCCCCGCUUCCGUCCCAGGUGUGUACCUGCCUCAAUACCAGCAGCAGGCACAGCAACUAUUCCAAAGGGAUGCCCAGACAAUUACACCUGAAGCUCUGAAAAGUGUAAAGGCUGCACUUGCAAGCAGUGAAACAGAGCACAAAGCAGAAACGAAAAAGAAAGCCGUACCUCGCAAAGCAGCAGGUCAAGCUUGGGAGGAUCCUACUUUGGCCGAGUGGCCAGAAAAUGAUUUUCGUCUAUUUUGUGGUGAUCUUGGGAACGAGGUGAAUGAUGAUGUUCUAUCGAAAGCAUUUUCACGAUUUCCUUCCUUUAACAUGGCCAGGGUGGUCAGAGACAAGCGGACCGGGAAGACCAGGGGAUACGGAUUCGUGAGUUUUGCGAACCCCACUGAUCUGGCUGCUGCUCUUAAAGAAAUGAAUGGAAAAUACGUCGGAAAUCGCCCAAUAAAACUGCGUAAGAGCAAGUGGAAAGAGAGAACAGAUUUCGAGGCCUUAGAAAAGCAAAAGCAACGUGAGCUGAAGAAAUCGAGGAUUCCCAAGAAGAGUGUCCUUCACAAGUAAGUCGUAAGCAAGAAAGACCGCGCAGCGGUUCGUGUGGGUUUUAAUUACCAUCUAAUUGAUUGUUACAAGUAGUUCUAUCGUCUCAUUAUGUUGAAAACUUCCUUUUCUUGUUACUCUUUUAAUUCCAAGUUAGGGUUGCAAACUCAAUUCUGUAGUUUGAUGAGUCUACUUAAAUGUAGGCUCGAGCUCGAUUUGAGAGCUAUGACGGUUUGUGAAUAUCCACAAAAUCGGGUUGUCGUAAUUGAAUUCGGAACCUCGAAGCUGAAUGGUUGACUGAUUCAA